CAAGAGACGAGAUCUUCACCCUCUACAACCCUCUCUCCACCUCCGCGACCACAGCGACAAAUCCAUCCCGCUUCUACCACAUCUCCUCGCACCACUCCGCACUCCAUAACCGUCCCAGAAACCACCCCCCACACAAACCCACACAGAACACCCACCAAUGUCCGCCCUAACCCGCUUCAUCGAAAAACAAGUAACAAUAAUAACAUGCGACGGCCGGCUCGUCAUCGGCAUCCUAAAAGCCUUCGACCAAACAACCAACAUCGUACUCUCAAAUACCAUCGAACGGGUCCUCAAAACGCCCCUAGAAGUCCACGAAGCACAGGGAGAAGAGAUCGAGACAGAGGUCGUGGUAUUGGGGUUGUAUGUUAUCAGGGGCGAUAAUGUUGCGGUGAUUGGGUUGACCGACAUGGAUAUUGAUGGGCGGAUUGAUUGGGGAAAGGUUAGGGGCGAGGCGAUUGGAGGGACGAAACAUUUGUGAGGUGUCAACUUUGGUUGUAUGUGAGUCUGUGGGGUAGGACUCACGCGGGCUGGUUAUGAUGCUUGGUAUCGUGAGUCGCAGAACAACAGACGUGAGCAGGAUGGGGUGGGAAUGAAGCACGAGGAAAGGAAUACAGAAUGGCACAGGAACGAGUGCCGACAAGGCACGACAGACUCGUCUUUGACGCAUGGCGAGGAUCGACGAACGACACCGGGUAGAGCUGCAGAGCGACCGGCUCGCACGAUCGCAAGAAUAUGAGGGAAGAGAAUCAAGGAGCAUGGAUGAACUGCAAUAUACCCCAACUGAGAGCAGGGCUAGAAGAGUAGGAUAUGAAGCUUGAAGUCGAGCGCAUUUCGAAUAACGUGAAGAAAUACCAUAUCCAACCUCGAACCUCGGA